AUGGCCGAACUCGACUUCAGUAUCUUAGAGAAGGUCAAAAAACGGCUCGUGGACCCUCAGGAUACACACGAUCUUGAUCUGGAAACCCAGGUCAUUGGAGAUGCUACACAAAUCAUCAGAAGAAAUUCGAAACCAGAAAGCGCGUCCAUACAAGCAGUUGAAGAAGAAGAUGCCCAAGGCUUUCACUUUGGCCAGUCAUUACUCUUUUCACAGCCAACUCAGAAGAUAAGACACCCUAUAGAGCCCAUCAGGCUUCCUCAAUUAGGACUCGAAGAUGUGGAGGUGCUGAAUCCAGAGACCGCGUCUACGCAGAAGAUAAGCACGGUAUCUGACACCCAAACCAAAGAAAUUGAGGCAGACCUAACAAAGGCGUCUCUCACUGAUGAGGAGAACGAGCUAGACGCCAACGAGGCUGAAACUACUGUGGACUCGUCCGUGCAGAAGAAUGUCACCACUAAGGCGGAACUCGAGGAAAUUCAGAGACAAAUGAGCGAGGAAAAGAGGGCAAAAUCUAUCAAGCCUGCGUUUCUGAAGCGUAGCAUUGACCCGGUAAAGCGAUUAGUUGCUGCUUUUGAGUCAGACUCGGAGGGUGAGGAGGCCAAGGUGUUAAGUGAUCAGCAAUUACCAAAACUGAGCCCGACAACGUCUCCUAUGAAGGAAACGGGCAUGGGUAAAGUCAAUUUGUCUGACUCUGACGACUCUGACCUUGAAAACUCCAACGUUCUUGACUUCAUUCUGAAACCGCCGCCUCCUAAGCUGCCCACCAUGAAGAUUACGCAUAACAAUCCGGUCGAAUCAUAUGCCUUGAACCUUAAACGCCAAAUCUUGUCAUCUCCAACCCGUCAAAAUGAAGAUAAUCCCUCAAUUGACCUUGAUGAUUCAUCAGAAGAGGCUCCUGACGAGAGAAAUAGCGCUGUACCAGAACUCACAAAGGACCAGAGGCUAUUGAUCAAGCAGAAGUUUGCCAGAAAGAAGCUCGAAAAUACCAAAAAGAAAAUUUUCUCAAAAUUUCAGCAUUUGCAUACUACUAAGACCCCCAAUAAACUAUUUCAAGAGCUCAAGCGUGCAAACGCCAAACAGUUGAGCGAGUUAAAGCGUGAAAACGGAGAUGCUGAAUUGAUAGAGGAGAUCGAAAAGGAAGAGGAGGAAAUGGGCACUCUUUUGGAACGUGAAAUUGAGCGUGUGCGCCGUAUCAGAAAGAAGGAAAAGUUGAAGGAGAAGGCUCAACAAGCAUUAUUGACCGGUAAAGUUGAAGGCAAUAGUGACGAAGAAGACGACGGUGACUACAGGGAGGGACUGGAGGAAGAAGAUGUCGUUCCUGAUAGUGAUAUUGACCCUGAAGAAUCCGACUAUGGUCUGGAUGACGAUGAGGAAGGAGAUGACAUUGAGAACAGCGAUGCUUUGUCUAGACAUCCUCGUCGCGUUAUUCUCUCUGAUGACGAAGAUGUUGCCUCUCAGGAGCCUCAGCAAUCUACACAUCAAACUAGUAAGGUAGAGAGGCGCCACGAUGAUAGUUAUAUGUUCGGUGGUCAUGGCAGCGGUUCCACGCCUGAAUCGGACGAAGAGGAAGAAGUGAUGCAUAUACAAAGUGACAGUACACCAAUACCACAACCUCUGCAACAGUUUCAUGAUAUUGUGGAAGAGGAUACCAAGGAUACAAACCUGCGAAAGCUUUUCGGGAAUCUUGAGACAAGAAACGACGAUGCAGACAACUCAAACGUGUCGUUCAAUCAGGAAGAUAGCAUUGAAAAGGCCAUAGAAGUACCAUCGUUUCAGGAUAUUACGCCAUCCCAGGCGUCAGUUGAUUUCACAAUGCAAACCCAAGCCGAUGUAUUGCCUAGCCAGUUAACCUCAGUGACGCAAAAUGACGAGGAAUAUUCUGAUGGAGAGGAAGAUUUCCCAACAGCAGUGUCCAGAGGACGCAGUCAAGUGCAAAAUAAGCUUGAUACAGUUCACGAAAGCGAUGAAGAGAAGGCAGACGAGCCCACAGAAGAGGAGCUUCAAAAACAACUCGCCUUUUUUGAAGAAAAAAUGCGUCGUAAAGAGCUCAAGGCUCGUCGCAAGCGAAAGGAGAUGGAGAGAAAAGGAUUAAAGAAUUUGCUUGAAGGUGAGGCCGAGGAAUCCGAAGACGAAUGGAAAGGCAUUGGAGGUGCUGAUCAUGAAGGAAGUGACCAAGCCGACUCAGAAGAUGAGCGGAUGAUAGAUAACAGGUUUAACAUUGACCUCAAUGAUGAGGAAAUCAGAAAAAAGUUCAUGGAGCAAUACCAAAUCAAAGACAAGAAGGAGUUGGAGAAGUUGAUUGACGACAUCAAAAAUCACAGACUUAUCAAAAGAGCUCGCGGGAACGGGUUUGACAUUGAGUUGAGUGACGAGGAGGACGAGAUGUUGAUGGCGUACAGGCGACAGAAGCUCGAAGAACAGAAGCAACGAUUAUUGGAAAAUCAAAAAUUACAAAAGUUGGUGAAGAAUGAGAAAGCAAAGGCAUUCUUCGAAUCGAUACAAGAUGAAAUGCUUUCAGUAGCUCUUGAUGAGGAUUCUGACGAGGAGGAAAGUUCACCAUCGACUCAGACAGAUGAGAAGUUGGGCGACAGCCAGGCGACUGAGGAAGACCAACCUGACUCAGAGCCUCGAAAAAGAGUACUACAUCUUGAAGAGUCGUUUGUGCAGAAGAAAUUGUCGUUUCUUUCAAGGAACGAUGAUGAUGACUAUAUGAGUAUUCAAAACAUGUCACGCAUGCAACAUGGAGUCCAGUCAGACGAUGAAGUCGAGGAUAUGAUGACGCUUAAGAAUAGAAGUAUGAUGAACUUGUUCAGAUCAGAAACACCAGAGGUUGUGGAAGAUGAGGACAGGGGCCAUAAGAGGCCGAUCGACGAGGUGGCCACAGACGAAGACGAAGAUGACAACAGUGAUACCACGUUGUCUCAGGUAUUUAAAAAGCCAUCUGUUGUGAGCCUGUUUCGCUCCUUCAAGGAGAAGAGAGGCGUACAGGUGUCAAGCCGAAGCUUCUCUGGAGUCACUGUCAACAAGGAGUAUAAGAUGGCUACCGGCUCAGAGGCGUCCAUCUCAUACAUCUCCCGAGCUGCCAAGGUAAAGAACAACACGCCAAAGAUGGACUUCAAGAGCAGCAGAGCCAUCAGAAUUGAAGAGGGGUUGAAAGAAGCCAAAAGAAAGAACUUCUCGAGUAAACUCUUCAACUCCAAGUCUUCCUUUGAGUAA